AUGAAUAUUGUUAAGUUGCAGAGGAAGUUUCCUGUGCUGACGCAGGAGGAUCUUUUCUCGACAAUUGAGCAGUUUAGAGGGAUUGACCUGGAUGACAAGGGCUGGGUUGAGAAACAGGAGGCGUUGGAAUCUGUUUCUAAAGGCGGUGAGGUCACGUAUGAUGAUGCGAGAGAGACUUUGAAGAGUGUCAAUGUGGACGCCUCCGGGCGUGUUGAAUUGGAUGACUACGUUGAGUUGGUUGCCAAAUUGAGAGAGGGUAAAGCAGGGGAGGCGCCCCCCACCAGUUUUAACGUGGCGACGUCUCCUGACCGUGCUGGUUUUACUGGUGGUGAGGUGAACAAGAUUACUUACGAGGGGACCGGUGCCAAGGCCAAUAUCAUUGUUGGUGGGUCUACCACUGGUACUACGCACACGAUCAAUGAGGAGGAGAGAACCGAGUUUACGAAACAUAUUAAUGUGGUUUUAGCAGGCGACCCUGACGUGGACCAUCUGUUGCCAUUCCCUACGGAUACUUUCCAACUGUUUGACGAGUGUAGGGACGGUCUCGUGUUAUCGAAGUUGAUUAACGAUUCGGUACCAGAUACGAUAGAUACCAGAGUGUUAAAUUUUGCUAAGCAGGGGAAAAGAUUGAAUAAUUUUCAAGCUAACGAGAAUGCCAAUAUUGUAAUCAACUCUGCUAAGGCUAUUGGUUGUGUUGUUGUUAAUGUACACUCGGAAGACAUCAUCGAGGGUAAGGAGCAUCUAAUCUUGGGUCUUAUCUGGCAGAUUAUUAGAAAGGGUCUGUUGAACAAAAUAGAUAUCAAGCUGCACCCAGAACUGUACCGUCUUCUAGAGGACGGCGAAGAGCUGGAACAGUUUUUAAGGUUGCCACCUGAGAAGAUCUUGAUCCGUUGGUUCAAUUAUCACUUGAAGAAUGCCAAAUGGCAUAGAACCGUGUCCAAUUUUUCAAGCGACAUUGCAGAUGGUGAAAACUAUACAAUUUUACUGAAUCAAUUAGCGCCAACAGUAUGUUCCAAGGAUGCGUUACAGAUCCCAGACCUGUUGCAAAGAGCAGAGAAAGUGCUGGAUAAUGCUGACAAACUGGGGUGUAGAAAGUACCUGACCCCCACAGCAUUGGUGAAGGGGAACCCUAAAUUGAACUUGGCCUUCAUUGCGCAAUUAUUCAACACACAUCCAGGUUUGGAACCUAUUGAAGAGGAAGAGGUCCCUGAGAUUGAGGAAUUUGAUGCGGAGGGGGAGAGAGAAGCAAGGGUAUUCACUCUUUGGUUGAAUUCUCUAGAUGUCGAUCCACCAAUUGUUAAUCUGUUUGAUGACUUGAGGGACGGUAUUGUUUUGAUGCAAGCUUAUGAGAAGGUUAUGCCUGGUUCAGUAGAUUGGAAGCAUAUCAACAAGAGACCCUCUAACGGUAACGAAAUAUCGAGGUUUAAAGCUUUGGAGAACACCAACUAUGCUGUUGAAUUGGGUAAACAUGAAGGGUUUUCUUUAGUAGGUAUAGAAGGGUCAGAUAUUCUAGACGGUAACAAGCUAUUGACCCUAGGUCUCGUAUGGCAAAUUAUGCGUAGAAACAUCACGAACACAAUGAAGAAACUAUCUGCUGACGGGAGGGACAUGUCGGAUGCACAGAUCUUGAAAUGGGCUCAAGAACAAGUCACCAAGGGUGGCAAGACUUCGACGGUGCGCUCUUUCAAAGACCCUGCACUAUCCAACGCUCACUUUUUGUUGGAUGUCUUGAACGGCAUUGCUCCUGGAUACGUUAACUACGACUUGGUUACACCAGGCAACAGCGAAGAGGAUCGCAUUGCUAAUGGUAGAUUAGCAAUCUCGAUCGCCAGAAAACUGGGUGCACUGAUCUGGCUGCUUCCAGAAGAUAUCAACGAGGUUCGUUCCAGAUUGAUCUUAACUUUUAUUGCCUCCUUAAUGUCACUCAACAGAUCAUAA